AUGGUCGAAAAUAGUUGGAAUUUCCAGUUCCUCCCUCCUCAAGUCGAUGUGUACUCUGACUCUAUAUCUUUUAAUUGGAGGAAAUAAUUCCAAAUGUAUUUUCCCAAAGAAUAAAAUAUUAAAAAUAUAAAAAAUUGAAAUAAAAAUAUUUUUAAAAAAUUUUCAAUAUAGGAAUUGGUAAAAAUAUUAAUUUUUGUACUCUAAAGAUGAAGUAUUUUCAAACCUUAUUCAUUCAGCCAAAGCUUAUAGCUCCUGUGCACCAGUCGUAAAGAAAUUUGCUGAAUGCCGUAAAAGACCAAUUGGGAAAAUAGUGGAUCCAGAGACUUGUCAGCCUUAUGCAGAGCACUUGAUUGAGUGCUAUAACGAAGUUAAGGGAGUUCCUGCAUCCUGCAAGACCUCAUAUGAGAAGGUUUUCAACUGUCUUCAGCAUGGUGGUAAAUGCGAAGAAGAUUUAAGAGGAUAUUUAGAUUGCAAACAUCCAGCCACUUCUAAAUACGAAAAGUACUAA